UUGUAAUCAAUUCAUCACCGCCUUAUCAAACACUACUUAAGUGAAUCAUCUCUAUGACCACUGGUUACUAUAAUAACCGCUUCCAUGGUGACUAAUUUCAUCAGUUACUGUUAAUGCAGUCUUCUGGUGUUACACCCUUUUUCAUACCCGUUCGUCACUUCCAUCAUUGACAUGAAAGAACUCAUUCUUUAUCCCUAUUUUUGAAACUUCAAUUUUCCAUAGAAACUUCUACCGGACAACCAACCUGUUCCGAAACACCAGAUAACCGUCGAAAACCCAUAAAACCGAUUUUUUCGUCGUCCCCAGGUCAACAUCAUCGCCGCCACUGGACUUCAAGCAGGUGUGGUAAACGAACAUGGCGUCGGUACAAACAGUGCUUUUACUAGUUUUAGGACUUUUAAUAAGUAAAUCCCUAGCCCAAAGGUCACCAACGAUAUCAUACAUAACCCAAACACAAAUUAAGGAUAUUGGAGGCUCUGUUGAACUCUUAUGUUCAGUGCAAUACACAGCUGACUAUCCAGUGAUUUGGUUAAAGGCUGAUCCAGCAUCAAAAAGUAACAGUUUACCUAUUUCUACUGGAAGCUCUUUGAUUUUGCACGAAUCGAGAUACUCUUUGCGUUAUGAUACAGCCAGUUCAACGUACACGUUGCAGAUUAAGGAUAUACAAGAGACCGAUGCUGGGUUGUACUAUUGUGAGAUUUUGCUUUCGACGAAUAAUAGAGUGUCAGCCGGGGUAGAGUUGCAAGUGAGGAGACCGCCGUUCAUUUUAGAUAAUUCUACGAGGUCUGUUGUUGUGUCUGAGGGUGAAGCUGUGGAAAUGGGAUGUUACGCCGGCGGGUACCCGCCGCCAAGGAUCUCCUGGAGGCGCGAAAAUAACGCCAUCUUACCCACCGGUGGCUCCAUCUACCGAGGCAACGUCCUCAAAAUAAAAGCAAUCAAGAAAGAAGACCGUGGAACCUACUACUGCGUAGCCGAAAAUGGAGUCGGACGUGGCACCAAAAGAAACAUCGCCGUGGAGGUGGAGUUCGCCCCCGUCGUCACCGUGCCCCGCCCUCGCCUCGGCCAAGCCCUCCAAUACGACAUGGAUCUCGAAUGUCACGUGGAAGCGUAUCCGCCCCCGGCCUUGACCUGGGUCAAGGACGAAGUGGCCCUCUCCAACAACCAACAUUACAGUAUUUCGCACUUCGCCACUGCCGACGAGUUCACCGACACCACCUUGCGCGUCAUCACAAUCGAGAAGCGGCAGUACGGACAGUACGUGUGCAAAGCGGCCAAUAAGCUGGGAACAGCAGAAGGCGUGGUCGAGCUGUUUGAAUCUAUCAUCCCCGUGUGUCCCCCCGCCUGCGGCCAAGCCAGGUACGGAGAUGCUGCCACCCUGUCAACAAGUACGGCGGCUUUGUUGUUGUCAUUGCUGUUCGUAGGUUUUCGAAAUAUCCACGCCCAACGUUAAUUAUCCAGGCCUACAGUGGCUCAACUCGAGCAAUGUCUCGACGUACAGCGCCAUCUUAAUUUCGAUCCUCACAACGAGUUUGUUGCGGUUGUUUGUUUUUUAGUGAAUCGCGGACCAAAAGGAAGGAUUUGAUCUUUCGAUAAUGUUACGGUUUUUUACAGAUAACAUAGCGUCGUUUCGAUGGUAUUCCAAUUAGUACAUUUCCAGUUUGUAUAUUUUACGCUGUAUAUUUUUUUAAAUUUUUACACAGUCACGGUUGUAUAUGUUGUUAGUUUAAUGAGUUGUCGCACGUAAGUUAUACAAAGUAUGACAUUGAAGGCCUAAGUUGCCAAGGACGGCUCUAGUCGCGUUAUUCACAAAAGCCAUUCUUGGCAACAGGAGCACACAAUUACAAAUUUUCUUUUUAUAAUUUUUUACGAUAUUAGUAACAAUUAAGUCUGUAUGAUUCGUCCAUUUUUAAUUAAAUUAAUUUAAGUACA